UUAUUCUAUAAACAUGAAGUAUUUUUAAGUUCUAUAGAAGAUACUAACCCUGUACAGAGUAUAAUUGGAAAAUGUUCUGUUUUACACAUUAAAGAAUACUGCUCUAGUCGUAUAACAGAGAUAUCUGAAAAUGAUGUUUAUAUAACAGAAUCUAAAUAUCUUGAGGCUGAAAGAACAAUUAAAAAAUUAGGAAAAGGAUUGAAGAGAUAUUCAUUAUCACCUAAAGUGACUGAUGAUGAAAUAUAUUUCUUCCGUAAACAAAUUUUACCACAGAAGGAACCAUCUCCAUUAUUAAUCAAAGCAUCAGAAGAUUUAUUGGGUGAUGCUGAUGACUCUCAAGAUGGUAAAAGUGAUCUUGCUCUGUCCUUAGAUGAAAAUUCACAAACACCAUCUGAAAAACCAAAAAAGAGACAAUCAGUGAAAAGACAACCAAGUGGUUACAUAGUGUAUGCUGGUGAAAUGAGAAAACAGAUCACACAUGAAAAUCCUGAAGCAACAUUCGGUGAAAUAAGUCGGCUUGUUGGUACAAGAUGGAGAGCUCUUCCAAGAGAAGAUAAAGAAAAAUAUGAGGAAAGAGCUAAAGUGUUAGCAGCUCAACAAGCUGUGAAACAACAAGAAGCUGAUAAAGCCUUUAAUGAUACACUGAAUCGUUCUCAGAGUCCGUGGUCUGAAUCUGGACAUAUAUCACCUGGAUCUAUAGCAGCUGCCCCACCAAGACCACCCUCACCAAUGUUUGUUUCUGUACCACCAAGAACUCAACGUCUUUUACAUUCUGAAGCAUAUCUUAAGUAUAUAGAAGGUUUAAAUGCUGAAAGCAGAACAAUAGGUGACUGGGAUAAACAAUUGACUUGCAAGCCAGACAAUACUCCAGUACCAAAUGAAGCCAGGUUACCAACCCAAUGGUUGUCACAGGGAGCAGGAUAUCAUGGUAGUGUCACCAAUGCCUUGUGGGCUUUAAGGAACCACAUGUUGAAAGACACAUUAGCUGUAGCAAGAGCAUUGCCAUAUGAAGCAUUAUAG